GCCCGCCGCCCGGCUCCGCGCCGUCCCCGCCGCCGCCCGCCCAUGGUGCUGCCCGGCCCGCCCGCCAUGUCCCGCUCCGAGGAGGUGCACCGCCUCACCGAGAAUGUCUACAAGACGAUCAUGGAGCAGUUCAAUCCCAGCCUCAGGAAUUUCAUUUCUAUGGGGAAGACCUAUGAAAAAGCCUUAGCAAGUAUGACAUACGCAGCAAAAGGAUACUUUGAUGCUCUGGUUAAGAUGGGAGAGUUGGCCAGCGAAAGCCAAGGAUCGAAAGAAUUGGGUAAGUCACCAAUUUACUGCUAAAUGGAG